AACACUGACAAUCAUUUUCGUGUAAAUUGAAAGCAAGCGUAGCGCGAUUUUAUGAUAUUGCGUAUUAAUUUGGCAAAUUUUUAUAUUGCAAAUUCUGAAUUAUAUUACAUAAAAUCAUGUGCAUGAACUCUUGAAAGUAGUUUAUAGAACAAUUGGGCAAGAUGGUGUCGACGAGGCAAAUGAGUAGUAUAGGAGGUGGUGGAAAUGGAAGUAGUGAUGGUGCCGGUCCAUCUCAUGCGGAACCUGUAACCGUGGCGCGCGUUACCCGUCAUUCGAGUGCUCAGCUUCCAGGGGGCUCGUCUCCUCAUGGAAGUUCUAAAAACUCUUUAAUACCGACACCCAAGACCUUCAAUACAAACCUUCUGGAUCUACCAAUUGAAGUUAUGGAAAAGAUUUUUCGUUAUGUGGGAUUCAAAAAUGUGUCGCAUCUCAGACUGGUCAACAGGCAGCUUAACAAUAUGUGCAGUAGCAUUUUGAAUUCAACUUUUCAAAGAUUACAAAACCAAAUGCUCCAUCGUUUUCAAGCAAUCAAGGCAAAGAUGCCCCGUCGAGAGUCUGCCAGGAGGAGCCAUCCUCUUGCAUGUGAAUCUGAUAUUAUUGAAACAUUACAUAUGAGACUUAGUUUAUUGCAAAUGACCUUAGGAAAGCACAUUGAGAGGAAACAUUGCUGUUUCUUUCCUGGAGAGAUUUUAGAUGAAGUGUAUAGUAUUUUAUCAUAUCUAAAAACAACAACAAAGUUAGCAAGACCAUACAAAGUAACAGAUGAGUUGUUUGACCUGACUACAAUGGCUAUGGAAUAUUUCAAAGAGCACAUUGAACCCAAUUUGCCAGAAAUUACAUACUUUGGCACAGAUUUCUUUGAUAUCACAACUGCUUUCUCACCGGGUGAGAGUAGUAAAUCGUACCUAUGUCUCGAUUCACCACCAGCGAGUGGGUUCGAGUCUUCCUCGCAACAGCCUGGCGGGAAUUCUUCGGGCGAUCGCCGCGUGUCCUCUCUAAAUCUCUACAUGGAGGAAAGCCUGCCUCCAUCUCCUCCACCACCACAGAGCAACAUGGUGCUAAGGAAACGGAUACACCGCAUCAAACAGGGAAUGAAAAAAUACAAUGAUCAGUUGUCAGCCUUGCGCAGUGAUUUACGUAGUUGUAAGCGGAAAACUGCGUUACAACAGAAGCAAAUCGCCGAACAACAGAAGCAGAUAGCCGAACAGCAGAAGCAAACUCUGGAAUAUGCUAACCGGUUGGACGAUUAUGACAAGAAGAACGAGGAGACCAGCCGCAAAUUUCAGACUCUAUUGCAGGAGCUGAAUAAGUGCAAGACAGAAUUACAGUACUGGCGUUCCCGUUCUCCGGCCGUUCCGCCUCUUUGUGCUGAGUGCGGCGCGUCGCUGCGACUGUCGCCUGUUGCGGCGCUUGCGCAGUGGCCAUCAGGCUCUAGCUCUGAAGCCAGCGUGGAAGCGAGUGGCAGUAAGGAGCCUGUCUCUAGCGUCAUCGAGACUCCCACAGAAAUACCCCUAAAAACUGAACAGAAGUCGGAGGCGAGUAGUGGUGAAGAAACGGCCGCUAGCACACCGCCGACUCGUCGCAGGGCGUCAGCCGAUGCCGCAUCUGCAACACCGGACCGUAAGAAGCGACGCCUUACCCGCCCAAGGAAACUCUGAAACCGCAAGGUCUAUUUCACGCGUUCGAUAUUUGAAUCUUUGAAAAAGCAAUUCCAUGUUUGAGCCUUGGAAUCGAGGGUAUGGAUUGUUUCACGCGGCUUUGAGAUUCUCUAUACGCGUUCCAUCUUUGAACUAAAAGCUUGUUCCAUUGGAAACUCAAAUCUCUCACGCGUUCUAAAUAUGAAAUAUUCACUAAACAACUCAACUUUUUGAAUAGAGUUGUGGAAUUUUGCAUGGGUUGUUCAAUGCGCGUUUUGGAACUGAAUGUUUCACUUGUUCUAUAUUUGAAACUUUGAAUAAUUUAUUCUAGGUUUUUACCUUUAAAUUUAAAACAAGGUCAUCAAAGAUCGUAACUUUAUGAACAUAGAAUAUUUUACUUGUUUCAAUUUGAAUUUGGAACAAGGUCCUUAUUGGAAACGCAACUUUUUAUUCUUGAAUAGAAAAAAGGAACCAAGUUCCAUUGUGGAACUUUUUAUAAAAUAUUCUAAACAGUUUAAACUACAUUUAGCUUGGCUUAGUACUCAGUACAUGGCGUAAUGUAUUCAGUACCAGAUGUGUGUAUUAUAAAUACCAUCUUUUGAUACAAAUUAAAUCAUCCUAAUUAAACUUUUUUAACAUAAAUCUUUCUCAUUCCAUCUAGUUAUGUUUACGUUAUGAGGGAAAGGUACAGCAGUGUUUUAGUUAUACCGUAAGUAGGUCCAUUUAUCUUCUAUAAGGAAAUAAUCUAUAUAAAAAUAAAAUGAAGACGAUAAAAUAAUUCGUCUACAACAUUUAAACCAUUAAUCCUUUUAAGUUAUAUACAAAAAUUACUUUUAGUAAAAAGAUCAGUUAUUUUCAACAUAAGCAAACAUUCGGGCAUGUGCACUUAGGAACGUACUUUACUGAUUUCAUUGCUUACUAGUGUUUUUAAUUUCUGAACUUGUUUUUAAAUUGUACUAAAAGAUAUAUCUAAUUGACAAAAAGACUACAUAUAUUUUUUUCAUAGAUUUACGUUUAUGGUACAGAUGCAUGUUGUUAUAUACUUUACACCCAUAGAUAAUUAAAUAGCUAAUGAAUGGUGUUAACGCUGUUAGCAAAUGAGUGAUUUUUUUUUUACAGAUUGAUAUUUUACACAAUACAUGGUUUCAAACAAAAAGUAAUGCUUCUAUAAUAAAAUAAUUUUACCAAUUUACGAGUUACUCGUUCGAUUUUAGUUAUAUUAGUUAAUAAAAUUAUAAUUCUUGAAUACACAAGUAGAGUGCAUUUAUUAUACGACAUCGAAGUUGAUUAGGGUUAAUGUUGCAAAUAGAAGAAUUUAAACUAACACAAAGAAACGUUCAAUGAACUCCACUUAAUUAUAGUAAUGCAGCCAAUAACACUUGAAACUUAUCCUCAGAAUCGAGACUUAGAGCUAUGUGUGACUCGUGUAUAAAUUGGUGUUUGAUAAACACGAGUUAUAUUUAUGUCUCGACUCUGAGGGUAGAUUCAAUAAAGCUUCUAUAUAUAAUAAAGAUUCUAUGUCGUGUCAUCCGAAAUCUAUGUGGAUAUGCUCAAGUGAAGGUAAAAUAAUAAUGCUUUAGACAAAUAUACUUGGCAAACGUGACCAAUGGGUCUGUUUGGAUGGUCACGUGACCAUGCGGCAAUUGCAAUUUUUAACAUGAUUUGGAUUCUAUUGUACUAUGGCAUGUUUAAUAUAUACAUAACGAAAAUUUUCACUAAAUCUUUUUAAAAUCGGACAUAAGGAAAAAUGCGACAGCGAAUAAAAUAUAAAUGACGCAAACUAUGAACUAUGUGAGGGAAUGUUAUUGUAAAUACAUCGUGUACAAACUUACAUAAUAACUGUAUAUAUUGUGGCAUGGAGUAUAGUUAUAAAAAUAUUUUAGUACGUGUUUUAAAUAUUCAGAAACGGCUUCACACAACAUAUCAAAUAAUUUCAGUUACCUUAGAAUAGUUGAGUAAAAUUGGAAACGCACAAUAUUAGCCCCUUAACCAGUCUAAUUCUCUUUCGUCUCUUUCUGUCGAAUUGUGUUUACGCUGUGAUGAAAAGAGAUAUUAAAACGGUGCAAUUAAUAAGAGUUUUUGAAUUAUUUCGCUUUAGUGUUGAUUUUUAUCCUAGAGACAGGAUAUAUAUCUAACUGCAUGUUUGAGUUUCGCAUAACUGCCUAAUAAAUUAUGCAUUUUAUACAUAUAAAACUUAAUCAGUCUUAACUGUGGUUUAAGUAAAGUGUUUUCACUUUCACACUUUGAUCUUAAUGUGUUCCGUAUGAAAAUAUGUGUUUCAGUUAAAACAGUGCAAAAACUGAUUUAGUUUUUAUAAAUGUGUUUUAUCUAAUAUCAACGGCUUAUAUUUAAUAUAUUCAAUUGUCUUAGUACAGACACUUGAAAAAUUCGCAAACUUCGAUACACAUAUUCCAUACAUUUGGUAUGGGUUCGUAAUGUUUACUUCUAUAACGAUCCACGAAGCCAUGGUUUAAAAAAAAACAUUGUUCGUGCUAAGAGUACUGUAGCUCUGUUUUAAUUGUACACAACAAAAUUGUAUAAUUAAUAAUUUCUCCAUAUUCAAGGGCAACGAAUUCAAUUUUAAAGCCGUGGUAACGUUUAAGAAUUGUAGUGAAACUCUUAUUGAUCCUAACUAAAAUAAACAUUUUUAACUGUCGGUAAAUAAACCAGAAAUACUAAAUUUAUGUUGUAGGCCUACUUUAUGUUUGUGUACCGUCAGCCAAUCUUAUACCGCAUUGGUUUUUUUUUUGUUGCGGGUAGUUCAAAAAUUCCCAAUAUCUGCUUUGUAUAUAAGUUAAUAACGCUUGCAUAUUGUUUAAAACUGAAUUUCACAAUUCUCAUGCAUUUGGUACAAGAAAUGCCUUGUUAUAUUUUGUAUAUAAUUGUACAUACUAUGUGUGUAGAAUCGUAGAUUACAUAAGUCAAUACAAAAUACAGAUGUUAAUAGUUUGUAUAUUUUUUUAAUUAAAUAUAAUUUGUUUUAGUGCAAUUUCAUAUUUAUCUAUUUCGCUUGAAUUGGUUUGUAUAAGUUAUUCUACAUUUGUCUAUGGAUAGAGGAUUAGGUUCUAAUUCCUUAAAAAUGGUUUACGCAUGAAAGCCUAAAACGCAGUUUUAUGUAUUUGUAAUAUUAAGUUAGUAUUAUGUUGCAAAAAAAAAAAAUUAAAAACGCCUUAAGGCCUAUUGGAGUGCAAAUGUUAAUUUAAGUGAUACUUUGGAGUAUGCAAAAAAAAAAAGGUUGGUUAACGAAAGUUAAUUGU